UGCGGGCGGGGCACGCGAGGGAGAUCGGGGCUUGCAGCGGCGCUGCUGCCCUGCGAGAGAGAGAGCCAGCCAGCCCUGAAGCCUGGCUAAGCCGCCGCAGGACCCCGGCGUGGAAAGCGCGGAGCCAGGGCGCAGCAGCAGCGAGCAACUGCAGGCAGCUCCUUCCUUGCAAAGAGGAGGCGCCUGUUGUGGUUGCUGCUGCCGCUGCCGCCGCCGGCAGGCGAGGGCGAAGCAAGGAAGCGAGCGAGGAAGGCGGGGAGGGAGGGGCUGGCUGAGGCGGGCGGGCGAGCCAGCGCGCGGGGACGGCGCUGGUCGCUGUCCUGGGUGUUGAAGGAGCCGGAGCCGGAGCCGGGAAGCGCUCCCAGCCGGCCAGGCGCGCCCGGACAGCAGCAGCAUGGACUGAGGGACGGAGGAGGGACAGGGCGGGGGCCAGGCAGACGCUUGCCAUGGGCCACGCUGCAUGAUGGGGUCGCCCGGCUCCAGCCUCCCGCUCCGCCUGCUGCAGCAGCUGCUUCUGCUCCUCGUCGUCGCCCGGCACCGGCACCAUCUCCUCGGAGCCGCCGCCGCCGCCCCCCCCGCGGGAGCCGAGGCCAGAUUCGGAUGCCUAUUUGAGGAUGAUCUUUGCAAAUCUUUUGAGAUCUGCAUAAAUGAUGGAGUGUUCGGGAGGUGUCAGCGGGUGCCAGUGAUAGACGUAUACAAAUACGAAGUUUCACCACCCAUCCUCCAACGCUUGAGAAUUGUCUUGGAGAAGCUGUUGCACAGAGGUUUUACCUGGCAAGAUGAUUACACACAGCACAUUAUUGCCCGUGAACUCUCGAAUCUUCAUAAGAUCCAUGACUGGCACCCUGAGACCUUCUCAUCAGAGGAGGCUGAUGCACGAAGGACCGCAAAGCAGAGUGCUGAUAGCAACAGGAAUUUGGGUAUGGAAGAGGAUAUGAACUUUGCCAAGUCUCCACAGCAAUACCUUGCCUAUCUGGAUAUUCUCUCCCAGUCUGCAGCUCCCAAUUUAUAUUCAAGAAUUAAAGGCAACAAAGCCUCUCUUAAGGUUGAUAGCAUCCUACCUGACUCCAUAAUCAACUACAUGGUACAGAAUCCUAAAGGAAAAACUUCUGCUUUGACACAUUCAACAGCAGCCCAUACAAAACAUACUGAAAACUUCCCUGUGAGAACCUUCGGCCAAACACAGGCACACCAAUUCCCACUAAAGCCCAAAGAAGAGUUUGACAGAGAGGCUCUUUUGGCAGCAUUAAAUGCAUACAUCACUCAAAAGGUGGCAGCAAAAAACCUUGAUGGAAGUUCUUCUGUUAGCAGGUCUAAAGAGUCUUCCCUUUACAGCAAUCGGCUCAAGCCUCCUCAGAUUGAUCAUCUUGAUGGAACAUUGUCCAAAGAAAAAACAAAAGAUUUUGAGAUGAGACCAUCAUUUCUACAGAGGCCUGGAUCUGGACUGGUACCUAGUUCUGCCCAGGGUGAUCUUAGAGUGCCUUUAACUACAAUGGAUGAAAUAUUUAUUCAAGAUGUUCUGAGGGACCUGAAAAAACAUCAUGUGGAUGUAGAUAAGUUGAACCCACUGGAGCUGGAUGAGAUGGCCGAUAUCAUUGCUGAUGCCAUUCAGGCUGUGGAUGUGGAUGAAGAAAAGAAAAAUGCCGCUGGGAAGGUUGAAGGGGAGAGAGCAGAAAAGAGAGUGGAUGCAGAAGGAAAAGGUGAUUAUGAGAUGGAAUUAAUGGAUGAAGGUUAUCACGGGCAAGAUGAUGGUGUACAGAAAGAAGAUGCCAAGGCUAAAAUGGAGAAGAAUUAUUUGGGUGCAAAACAACUUGACUUCCUGAAUGGGAACAUGGCAACUGAAAAUCUGCCUUUGUCCAAAGAGUCCUUUAAAACAGAAAUGAAGAAGUCAGAAGAUUCAGAUCUUUCCUCUUCUUCUGAGGAAGUGAAGGCUGGAAUUGAAAAUGUGAAGAGUGAAACAUUCUCAAAGGAACUGAUAGCUGAAAAGAAAGCUGAGUUGGAACCCAAAUCUAAAGAGCUGACUGAGCUUCGUCACUGGAAUACAUUGAUUCAGGAUGAAAGUGCUUAUGAAGAAACUAAAAAAAAGCUGGGAGAAGGCCUACAGCUAGAUGCAAAGUCUUCUAAAGAAGAGGAAUAUGGCUACAUUGUGACAGAGAAAGACCCUUUGAGCGAGGAAAAGGGUUUGGAGUUGAUGGAGGAAGUUGCAGGCCUUCGGAAGCUGCAGAUGACUGCCUUUGCUGAUAUCAACAUGGUGGGGCCGGCAGUGACCUUCAAAUUGCACUCAAAUGUCUACAAUGUCACCACAGCUGAUGUUGCCAACGCAGCAGCUAACAACAAAGAAAAGCUUGAAAAAGCAACAGGAUUGAAGAUUUUGCAGAUUGGCAUGGGGGAGAAAAGCAAGCUACAACUUUUGCCUCGCCAUGCUCAAGAAGAAGAAGACGCCACCAAAUUCAUCAUCCUCACGCUCCUCUCCAUUGCUUGCAUUUUUGGGAUCCUUGUGGCUUCUGGGGUUAUCUACUGUCUCCGCCAUAGCUCUCAUCACAAACUGAAGGAGAAACUGACCAGACUGGGCUCGGACAGCAGUUCUGAUGCCACUGCCGCUUAUCAGGAGCUAUGUCGUCAGCGUAUGGCAGUCAAAUCAACAGAUCACCCAGAGCCUCUGCACGCCUCGCGAAUCAACAGCAUAUCUUCACAGUUCAGUGAUGGACCCAUUCCAAGUCCCUCUGCUCGAAGCAGCACUUCAUCUUGGUGUGAAGAACCAGUCCAGUCCAACAUGGACAUCUCCACUGGUCACAUGAUAUUGUCAUAUAUGGAAGACCACUUGAAGAACAAAAAUCGUCUGGAGAAGGAGUGGGAAGCCCUUUGUGCUUAUCAAGCUGAGCCCAAUGCAACUACCAUUGCUCAUAAGGAAGAAAAUGUCCAGAAGAACCGUUCACAGGACGUAGUAGCAUAUGAUCAUUGCAGGAUAUGUUUGAAAGCUGAGAACAGCCAUGAUAAUUCAGACUACAUCAACGCAAGUCCAAUUAUGGACCAUGAUCCUAGGAACCCUGCUUAUAUAGCUGCUCAGGGCGCCCUGCCUUCUACCGUCACAGACUUCUGGCAGAUGGUCUGGGAAAACGGCUGUGUCGUUAUUGUCAUGCUGACACCCCUUGCCGAAAAUGGAGUCAAACAGUGCUACCACUAUUGGCCAGAUGAAGGGUCAAACCUCUACCAUAUCUACGAGGUAAACCUGGUAUCUGAGCACAUCUGGUGUGAAGAUUUCCUUGUGAGAAGCUUUUACUUGAAAAACCUUCAAACCAAUGAGACCCGAACAGUGACACAAUUCCACUUCCUUACCUGGCAUGACCAGAAAGUUCCUGCUUCCACAAGGUCCCUUCUGGAUUUUCGCAGAAAAGUAAACAAGUGCUACAGGGGUCGUUCUUGUCCAGUAAUUGUUCAUUGCAGUGAUGGUGCAGGAAGAAGUGGAACCUACAUCCUAAUUGACAUGGUUCUCAAUAAAAUGGCCAAAGGUGCUAAAGAGAUUGAUAUUGCUGCUACCCUGGAGCACUUGAGAGACCAGAGACCUGACAUGGUCCAGACAAAGGAACAGUUUGAGUUUGCAUUGACAGCAGUUGCAGAAGAAGUGAACGCAAUCCUCAAAGCACUUCCACAGUGAGCAGCUCGUCCCUUGAAAACUCCCAAAGGGGUCUCCCUGUUUCGUUAGCCUCGUUCUCUGUGAACGUUGUUGGAAACUGUGACCUAACCUUAACUGUGUGUCUUCUAUUGUAACCACGUAUUGAUAGGGUCUUUACCAACUUCUAUUGCCAGUUAAAGUUCAACAGUUAACAUGCAUAAUCUGUUCUUGUCAUGUUGUCCAGAAAUAACUGAAGCCUUGGCUUAAGUGACAAGAACAAUCCCUCUUGUUCCUUUUACAUCCUUGAAAUCCUAAAUUUCACACAUUGAAAGCACACAUACACCUUGUUAAUAGGAAAUAUACAGUGUUGUGGAUAAACAGUGCGUUCAAUGUAUCUUUGGCAACAUAGUGUUCUCUUGUGUUUUGUAACCUUUCCAGGUUGAAUAAAAGGAGCAGGGGGCCUAAUUUUUUAUUUUUUUUUAAGCAUUGGGAUUGUUCUUGCAGAGACCAAGCAAGCCUACAGAACAAUGCUGCAUGUGUUAGUAAACACAGGUCCAACUUCUUGCAUAAAGAGGCUAUGCCACUUCAUGCUGAGUCCUGGCGAGUGAAUGCUUUUCUUAACUGUUGUUUACUUUUCAACUUUGUGCAAUGAAUAGAAGCAAGUCUGAGCUUCAAGUCCAUCGGCCUGCACAGUUAUGGAGGAAAAGUCGGUUACAUUAGCAGGAGCCCAACUUUCCAAAGAGCAUAGCAAAGUUUUAUUAUGUAUCACUGACCUAACAGGGGAAGGACGCAGAAUAAUGGAAGUUCUCAAUGGGAUUUUAAAAGGCACUGUUGGCAGCUUGUUCGAUGUUGGUUUUCUUUUCUUUUUGUAGAAUUAGAGAAGAAAUUGCAUCCUUAUAUCUUGAAAUUAAUUUACCUUUUAAAAAAACCCAACGUGGAUAUUAUUUUUUUAAAGACCAAGAAAGAGAUUAUUUGGUUGCUUUGGGGUCAUAUCUAAUUUAAUUGCUAACGCAUUUAUUCAAAACUAUGGUAAAUUCCUUGGUGCGCUUCCUGAAAUUAACGAAUCAUUUAAAAAGCAUUUCUUUGCCAUCUGUUCUGAAUACACUUACAAGUAGCCCUAUUAUUUAAAUUAUAUCAGUAAGUGCUCUCAGGGUUGUUGCCUGUGACUAUAAAAUGAUCCCCUUGAAACUUACAAAGGGGAUGAUCCAGCCCCUCUCCAGAGCCACCCCCUUGCACAUAAAAGAUUCACACAAGGUGAUUCCCAUGUGGCUGGCACUUGUUGAUUCAAAGGGAUUGAGCCAUGCUUAUAGGGUGCACCUUCAUUUGCUUCAAUCAAAGAAAAAAUAACUUGAAUUAUUAUGCAAUGUGGUACUAAUUACUUGUUUCCAGGCUUCUGCCAUGUAUUGUGGAUUCAAUUCUGAGGUCUCUCUAUAUAUUUCUAAACAGUUAAGAUUUAAAAAUAAAUGAGUAGCUUUGUGAAAACAGACCAAUCUCAACACCUUGUGAAUGACAUUUAUAUGUUGCCAUUUUGGGGUAUGAUUCACCAAGCACUGCUGCAGCACACUCCAUGAAUUUCAAUGGGGCUUCCAUAGGGCAUCUACAGAGCACACAUUCUCUCUUCACCCUUGGCAAGCCCCUCUGAAAUGCACUGAAGAUGUGCAUCAGUAGUGUUUGGAGGAUUGGGCCCACACUCUUUAAUGUUUAACUUAAGCGUGAAUGCAACAAAUAUCUUCUAGUAAUUAAAGAAUUGUUUCAAAAAGCACCAGAUGCGUUAACUUUCAUUAUUUUGUGCUGUUUCUGCACACAGUUCUUGACACAUGUUAAAUGCUUGGUUUGCACAUUUCAUUACUCUAUUACUGUUGUAGAACAGUUAAAGCAGACUCCAUUAUCCUCUUUAAAUAUGCUUGCUGUAUAUUUAACCACAUGUUUAUGCUAUGGCAUCAGCAUUUCAAAGCUUUUCUUGUAAUCGGUGAAACAAAAUAAUAGGAUAUGAAUAACAAAAUGGCCUUUUCAUUAGAUAAUUUAGGCUUAACAGGUUUCCUUUAUUACUUUAUCAGGCACAAAAUAGGAGUUUGGGGAAGACAAAAUCAGUUGGAACAGUAUCUGCCAGCAUUUGAAUUAGAUUUACUGGAGAUAAACAAUAUACUACAGAUUUCCACAAGCUCAUGCAGCACCUUCCAAAUCAAAAUGCACAUUCUGAAGAGACCAACUUGGCUUAUAGCUCUUUGUUGCCCAGUGAAAUAUUCUAGGGAGUAAUGGGUUACAAACAUGUAAUGGCAGUGGUUUAAUCAGAUGGUCUGAGGUUUGGGGAUCUGGUGCUCUAUUUCAGGGGCUCCCAACAGGGGGUACUAGGAUCCUUAAGCGUACCUUAAGGGCUCCCGGGGGUACUCUGAGCCCUCCUACCUCCCUACAGUGUGAGUGCUUGUGUGCACACACAAAAAUCUCUAAGGAGUACCUGAGCUGAAGGUAUGCGACAGAACACCUGUUUUUGAACCUGUUUUUUAAAAAGGUUGGGAAUCCCUGCUCUAUUUUAUAUCUUCAAAUCACAGCCGUUCAGACUGUGCUUCAGCCCACAUUGAUCUCUGCGGUCAGCAUGGCGGAACUGACCAUACAUGGGACCAAUAUAGGCUGUUGAAUUUUCAGGGCUAGCUUCCCAGGUUGACCAUGGAAUCUUGGGGGAUACCAGCCUCCCACCCCACCCCACCCCCACCCCCGAGGAUACUCCUCUGUUUCUGACUCUGCACAACAGUCGCACCUAUCAGUACAGAAUGCUACCUUCUGAGCAUGCCCUUUCGCAUCUAUUCACUCUGACAAAAUAAGGCCCUUGGUUAUCUUUAUAGCCACAACAAACUAAUAAUCCACAUCCAAGCAGCUAUUUGCAGAACCCACUCAAAGCAUAACAAAGAAAAGGCUUUUAUGUUGUAAACUUGCUCAUCAGCGAACCUUUAAACUUACUGGAAUGAAUAAUUAGCCUUCAAAACUGUAUGUAUAUUUAAGUAUUCUCUCUUUGGGUCUUUUUGUUUUUGUUUUGUUUUUUAAAACAGCAAAGAAACAAAUAUAUAUAUAUAUAUAUACAAACCAUUGUUAUUUUCUUACAAAAUCUACAGUAGCUUUAAUUUUUUAUUAAACAGUGUAAUGGUUUAACUUAAAGUUUAUAUUUUGAUUUUAAAAGCUAGGAUAUCAUUCCCAGCUACCAGAUCUGCCAUUUCUGAAGAGUUGCCCUGUGAAACGCCUGGUUUACAUAAGAGGAACUCUGCUGGGAAUCAGCCCAAAGGUCCAGCUGGAGUAACAUCCAGGGCAGGAAGGCAACAGAACUUCCCUCCUGCCAGUGGUGGCUCAAGGCCUCUCUGCUCCUGAGGCAGGGAACCAAAUUCCAAUCCCUUGUGUGUGCCCUUCUUCCCCCUUCUUUUUUUAAAAACAAGGAGCAUCUUGCUGGUGUCCCAAUAAUGUGCUGCCAGAGGCAACCACCUUGCCUUGCCCCAUGGAAGGGCCGCCCUUGCCUGCUGCUGCCACCUUCCAACAGAUGGGACUCUAACAUGGAGUUCCUCUGGAUACUGAGAGAUGCCAUCAUGCCUAACAGCCACUGAUAGAUCCAGCCUCCAGGAAUUUGUCUAAUCACCUAUUAAAGACAUAAUUGCAUCUUGUGGCAAUACAUUCCAUUAAUUAUGUGAUACAUGAAGAAAUACUUGAUUUUAUCUGUCCUGAAUCUAAUGCCAAUCAAUUCUAUUGGAAAGUCCAAAGUUCUCAUAUUAGGAAAGAGGGAGAAAAUUUUCUCUCUAUUCACUUUCUCCAUACUGUGCAUAUCUUUAUAAACUACUACCAUCUCCCACCUUAAUCACCUUUCCCCACCACCACUGGAUUUUUGAGGAGGGAUUACACCUAUCCUCAGACGUCCAAAAGCAGUCUAAAAUGAGAGUUGUUUACAGACCAAUCUUGAACCUCUCACAGUUAUACCCACAGUUUUUAUCCAGGGGCUACUGAAUGCCCUUUUUAGACUCUGGCUCUGAAUGGGUUGUAAGAGCAAACAAAUGAAAGUCAGUCCAAAAUAACGGAGUGAAAUUUAAUUUUUUUUCUCUCCAGCAGUUAUUAAAACUCUAGGGGAAAAUGUUGAUUGCACAGCUCUUCAAAAAUGCAUGCAUAAUACUACUCCAGCACAUCCCACAGUGGAAUGACAGCAAUAUUACCUGUAAUUUGUGGUUUUGUGCUUUAUUAAUCAAGUAGAACAUUAAUAUAAAACUGCACCACUUCAUAAUUACUGGGAUAGACAUUAAUUUUUUAAAAGGAACAAAACCUGUUUAUUGAAAUAGAAAACACAAGUAUUUGAUGAGUUUUGUUACAGAACAAUAGCUGCCUUUUAAAUUUACAUUUUUGCUUGCGUGUUUAAGAAACUCUCUUUGGGGAAAUGGUAGUGAUCAUUCACUUUUUGAAUUGUACAGUUUCUGUUAUUUUGUUGUGCAUACCCUUUGUAGAUCAGAUUGUGAUACUUCUCUGUUAAAAUCUCAUUUUGCAUUUGAAAAUCUUUUCAUUAUUUAGGCCUCUUGUAAAAGCUAAUGAGUUAGAUAGGGAACAUAAUAAAAUAAUCUGAGUAAAAGCAUGGCAAAUUUCCCCUAAAUCCUAGUGCCAAACUACACACUAGAUUAAAUGCAAAAUUUGGCCCAGCCUGCUUGUUUGGUCAAACUUUAAUAGCAGCCACAGCAGUGAGGGGGAGGGUGAUCAGGACUGGGACAACAGUGUGCGGAAGGGGGCUUUAGCCCUUGCCCUGCCAUGUUCUCAAUCUAGAUUUCCUCCCACAGUUGCUGUUGCCACAGGAAAAAUGUUCCCAUUGCUAUUAAAUGGGAACUUCUCUCUCUGGGCAAAUAGUGGGGAAUUGGGGACACAAUCCAGAACCACACGAAAGGGGAAACAGGAUGGCAUCAUAGCGCAGUGGUAGAGCAUCUGCUUUGCAUGCAAAAAGUUCAAUUCCCAGCAUCAGUCACACUGGAAAAUACUUCUACUUGAAACCUUGGAGAGCCGCUGCCAGCCAUUGUGGGGAAAAACACUGAGUUACAUUGACGAGUGGACUGACUCGGUAGCUUCCUAUGUUCUAAAAGGAUCAAAGCCCCUAUAUCACUUCCAAUUUUGAUCCUUUCCCCCCAUCCCUGGCAUGUCUACCAUGUAAGUAAAAAAAAAAUUGGCUGGCUGACAUACCGCUCAAGAAAACGUGGGAGAAUGGAGCACCACCCAUGCUGUUGUGUCUCUGUAAGCAUGACUGAAGAUAUUGUAGACCAGCACUGUUCCACUCCAUCUUAAUGUUGCGCAAACAUAGUUGCGCAAUACAACACCCAUUGGAAAUAAUGGCACAUUGCGCAAUUGCAUUUGAGUAACUUUGAUGGAGCAGAAUGGCACUGUUCUGCAACACUGCUGAUAUGUUUACACAGACGCAACACUGUAGGCAGAGCUCCAAUCACCCAUGCUUCCUUUUGGAAACGUCAGCCAUUUAAUGUAAUGUGUAGUCUGGCCCUUUUUUGCUUCCUUCUGAAAACCAAUUACACCAGCAAGAUUUUAUCGACCACUGGGUGUGCCCACCGAAAGAUGGCUGCUGGACCACCACCCCCACCCCAUUUAUUCUAGUGGGACUUUGGCUGAGUCCCCUUCUGCAGCAUGCAAGGCUGUGCAGCAGUAGCGUUUUCUAGCAGAUCACAUCUAACAUUCCUCUGCAUGCUCUUUGUACUGUAGCUGACCACAUAACUUGUUUGUUCUUCAAGGAUUUAUCUUGUUCACUUCAAUAGCUUAGAUUAUUUAUAUGUAUAUAAUUUUAAAAGAAAACAGAACUAUUAUACAAAGUAUUUUGUUCUACCUCUGUAAAAAUCUCACUUGUGAAUAAAGUUAUGCUGUCUGUGGA